GAUGAUUAAGAUACAUUUAAAUAUCAAAAAACAAAUUUGUUUUAUGUUUUUCUUCGUUGUUAUAUUUUUUUUCUUUUUCAUAAAACAGCAUAGUAACAAUCAAUGAAUGAGAACUAACUAAAAGGAUACAAAUUUACUUGUUUUUUUUCUUUUAUUUCUGGGAUAUUUAAUUGAAUAAAACUUUUCUCUUUUUAUUUAUUUCUUCUUUACACAAUAUUUAAUACAUUUAAUAAUAAGCAUAAUCAUUAUAAGAUACUGAAUAAAUAAUCAAUAUAGUUACUUAGUGAAAUAUACAUUACAAAAAAAAUAUUUAUUACAUAAUUAAAGAUGAUUGAACAACGUAUUCAUAAUAAUGAAACGCAUAGAAUACUUAUUUAUACAGACUUAGCUCAAGGUACUGAAGUAACACAAAUUUAUACAAUAACUUCUAAAGAUACUGUGAAAGAUGUUAUUAAACAAAUAUUAGCUAGAAAUCAUUUAAGCUUAAAAGAUCCAAAUUUAUUUUAUUUAACUUAUAGACGUCAAACAAAUAAUGAUCAUCAUAAUAAUAAUAAACUUAUCAUGUCUAAGCAACAAGGAUUCCAUAGUAAUUUAUAUGAAGCAAUGGAAGUCAAUACAUUCAAUACACCAGGUAUUUGGUCAUUAAAUCAAAAUUCAAAAGAUAUUGAUGUCACAUUAUACAGUGAUGCAAUUUUAUCAAGAACGUUAGAUUUAACCAAAGAUAACAGGUUAACUCUUCAUAUGCAAACUGGUGGAGUUUUGAAAAUCUAUGAUAGCUGUUUCUCAAAUCCCGCUUCAAUUCGACAAUUUCAUAUAGCAAAGACAACAUGCAGUGAAGAGUUAAUUGAUUUAAUAUUGACUGUUACUUGUUCAAGUGACCCAGUUACAGAUUAUUGUCUUGUAGAAGAGGGUAUAAAUGAAGAAGGUAGAAUACUACGUCCUAAAGAUUAUCCUUUAUUGAUUGUUCAAAAUAGUCAAUCAUUAGGUGUAUUAGUUUUACGUAAGAAACAAGAUGCUUUAUUAAUGAAUAAACGACGUUCAGUUUGGAUGAAUAAAACCAAACCAUAUUUUCGACGUUCAGUACGAGAUAAAAGUUCACGUACACCAUCACCAGUGAAACAAACACUUACACAACGCUUAAAUCCUUUUCCGUGUAUUUUCAAAGGAUUAUCAAAAAGUCGAAUACUUGAAAAUAUUUCUUGUGAAACACUUCCAUCAUUUGAUAAAACUCAAUUCAUUGAAUCUGAAUGUCAAAUAAAUCAAGUAAAUGGUAAUGAAUUUAUAGACAAUAAACGUUCCCGACCAAAUUCAACAAAACCAUUAUCAUUUAGAUAUAUGAAUGAUUUAGACAGUGAAGAUAAAUUUGAAAUUUUCAGUCCGUCAAAUAAUAAUAAUGGUUUUGAUCAUUUAGGAAAUAAUAAUCAAACGUUACCAUUGUACAAUAAACCAUGUACUAUUCACUCUACGUCAAAUAAUGAUCAUAUUGCUUCAGAAUGGUCAUUAGCACCAUCUGAAACACAUCAUAUCAUGAAAGUUACUUCAACUACUCCACCCUUACCACCGAAAUCAACGAAUUCUCGAGGAAGAUAUUAUAAUGGAAUACAACAUAAGCAGUAUAAUUUUUAUCAUCCAUUUUUUUAUGAAAAACAAUCAGCUGAACCACAUCGUCAAAAUCCAUCGGUUACAGAUGGUAAUAAAAUUUGUAAACCAGAAAGGAGUGCAUCACCGAUUUUAGCUUUCGAUGCGAACCGUUUAUGUGAAAGUAGACAAAGUGCAGUUAGAUUUCAAGAAAAUACAAACACUUCUGGUAUUUGGACAAAAGAAAAUGAAUGUUCUCUGGAAGACACUACAAGCACAGCACAAACUAAUGGGUGUAAACCUAAAGUAUUUAUUGACAGAGCUCAAUCCAGUGAUUCUGUACAAACAUUCACUCCAGCUGAUUGGGAUGAUAAGACAACAAGUCAUGAGAAAGUAACAGAUUCGGCAAAUGUAGGUACAACGUAUGAUAAUGGUUGUAGCAAUACAAUCACUGAAUAUGAUGUGCCUCCUGACAAUUGUGUUGAUUGGAAGCACUCUAUACCUUUACCUAUUCUGUAUGAUUCGUAUUCAAAGCAAAAAUGCUCGGAUAAACCAAACAAUGACCACUGUAUCAAUCGAAGACUACCAAGUGACAUAAAUUCAACACAGACCAGUGAAAAGAAGCCACAGAUUCAACAAAAGAAAAAUCAAAGAGGAGAUAGAUCAGAAGAAAAUAAACACGGACAUGAUAUUCAAGCACAUAUCGAUUUCUGUACAAAAACAAAUGGUGAUUAUGAUGAAUCACUCAAUGGUUUUCUUCCUACUAUGAAAUUUGAUUUAGAUCAAAUGAAAUUACACAAUUCAUAUACUCAAGUGAACAUACCGCCUAAAUUAACUUUAAAUACUUAUAUUACUAACAAUUCACUAACAUUACGAGGAAUGACAAGUUUCGAAACAAUUACUACAAGUCAAAGCUGUGAAGAUAUUAGCCUUUAUAGACAUCAGAUCAUGUCGAAUGGUCAGAAUAAUUUACAAAAUGAAAGUUAUAGUUCAACAUCUCAUCUAAGUGUUCCAACACCUUUUCAUGAUUCAGAUGUGAGUGUUUCAAUGGUAUCCAAAGAAAAUAUGCUUACAUUAGCUACUGAAUUGCCAAUACAAUCAAAUGAAUUUAAACAGUAUGAAACUCAUUUAGACUUUUCACCGAAUACAUCUGUGCAUAAUAAUCAUAGUAAUAAUGAUAUUAGUAAUAAUAACAAUAAUAAUAAUCAUAAUAAUAAAUCGUCGACUUUGUUUCAGAAGCAUCCAGCUUCACAAGUACACAAAUUAUUCACCUAUAAUUUUGAAGCUAUAGGUAAUCAUAUUAAUAGUCAAUCCUCUUUGGAACUUGCCAGUGUAGAAAAUGAAAAAAAGGCAACUUUAAACAACUCAACACAUAUAAAGCAUAAGAAAAAAUCAUCGCAUUCAAAGAAACAUGAUAGAGCAAGUAUACUUGUACAUGGUUGUAAAAAAACAAAUGCUUCAUCUUCAGAUAUAGGAACUGUUGAAUCUUAUCCUUCAUUAUUCGAUGUAUUACAUCAUUGUGAUAUCUAUCGAGUUAUAUUAGAUCCAAAUCUCCCAAGUCUAAGUGAUCAACUUGGUUUACGUCUAUGUUUAACUAAAUUUCCAUUGGAUGAUGUACAAAGGGCUGAUACUCUACAAAAGUUGCAAAAUAAUCAAAUAUUUGACAUAAAAAGCUCAGAUGGAAGUGUUGAGACGAUGAACUCUAUGAAUAAUCUAAAAGGUCCAAAACCACAUAUUGGAUCUCGCAAUAAUGGUACUUUUAAACCAAUAGAGAUGAAACAUUCAAAUAUGGCCUUUGAUGUAGUGACUAUUGAAAGUAUUGAACCCGAUUCACCAGCAAGUUUUGAAGGUAGUUUAGCUCCUGGUCAUAUAAUUUUAGAAGUUGAUGGUAAAGAUUUGCUUCAUCCAAAAUGUCUUAAAGAUGGAUAUGGAAAUAAAUUGAAUAUUCUUACUAUUGCACAAAAUCAACUUCGAGCUGCACGUCAAGCAGCUUUAAAUGGUGAAAUUCCACCAAUUCGUAUAACUGCAGCACAAUAUCAUAAUAACUUUGGUUUGGCUAACACAGUAAGUAAUCUGGAACGUAUUAGUUUAUCUGUUCGUCAUAAAAAUGGAUUAAAUGGAAAUAUGCACAUAUCUACAAAUCAUACUACAUUUGAUAAACUACAAAGAAGUAAUGGUGUUGUACGUGAUAAUGAUCAACAAUAUGAUACAGAUUUUGAUCAAAUGAAUGAAACUAGUCAAUCAUUUAAAACAUCAGAUCCAAGUGAAAUUUAUAGUAAAUGUAAUUCAGAAUUAACUAAUACUGGUGAAGAUUUAAUUGAAACAUUAAAAAAUCAAUUAAUCUGGUUUUCACGUAAUCAACAAAUGAAUUCAUGUCAAUCACCAUUUGAUCCAAGAUGUUUAGAUAAUUAAAUCAAUAUGUUACCAAUGAAUUGAUGUUCAUGGAAAUGUCUUUAUUUAUCUAUUCAUUCAUUCAUAAAUUUGGAAUGUUCUAUAGAUAUGUAGCGGCUUCACUUCAUGUUAAACAAUUAAUCAUCACAUGGCAUCAAAUACUGACCGAAUAGGACUUUUUCUUCCCAAUUCGUUAAUUAUCUUAGAUUUUAUUGUAAUUUGUGUAUAUUCUGAACGUUUUUUGUUUUUGUUUUUCGUUUCUAACUGAAAAUCUAAACAACUUUCAUAG